UCAGCAGGAGAGACACUUCUCAAGACAGAGUCUGAUGUUCGCGGUCACUCGGUCCCACAAUCACCAUGGCUUGGACAAAAUAUCAGUUCAUUCUCGCCGCUAUGAUGCUCAUCACAGGCUCUAUUAACACACUAUCCGCAAAUACUAAAGUAUGUAUAUAUAUACAGGCGAAGAUGAAAAUCGAACAUUUCAGGACAAGAUGAUUAGACGACUCACGUGCAAUUGUGAUGAUCCGACGUGUCGUGACAUGUUGAUGCUGCAAAAUCAUCAAUUCUGCCACCAAAACCCUUGUGACUAUUAGUCAAUUGUGCAAUCGCAGCAAUGGGCUGAUAUGUUCUCUGCACCUGGAUGUUAUGGUUCCCCAAAUCAUGCCUUCUCCCACCCUUUUGUACAGGCUGUGGGAAUGUUUUUGGGAGAGUUGUCCUGUCUGGUGGUGUUCCACAUUCUCCUUUGUCAUGAUCGGCGCAAACCUGAGCCCACAAUGGAUCCGGGCCAAAGUUUCAACCCCCUACUUUUCCUCCCCCCUGCCCUUUGUGACAUGUUAGGCACAUCCAUCAUGUAUGUUGCACUGAACAUGACCAGUGCCUCCAGUUUCCAGAUGCUGCGAGGAGCUGUGAUCAUCUUCACUGGACUGUUGUCUGUAGCGUUCUUAGGACGGCGGCUGCAGCCCAGCCAGUGGAUUGGGAUUCUAGUCACCAUCCUUGGUCUGCUGGUGGUUGGCCUGGCUGAUUUUGUGAGUGGCCAUGGGGAUGACUCCCAUAAGCUCAGUGAGGUUAUCACAGGGGACCUUUUGAUCAUCAUGGCACAGAUUAUUGUUGCAGUCCAGAUGGUCCUGGAGGAGAAGUUUGUUUACAAGCACAAUGUGCAUCCACUGAAGGCGGUUGGGACUGAAGGUUUUUUCGGAUUUGUCAUCCUCACUUUGCUCCUCAUCCCAAUGUUCUACAUCCAUGUGGGAAGUUUUGCAGACAACCCGCGGCAGGUCCUUGAAGAUGCAUUGGACGCCUUCUGUCAGAUUGGCCAUAAGCCCCUUAUUUUACUGGCACUGCUGGGCAACACCGUGAGCAUUGCCUUCUUUAAUUUCGCCGGAAUCAGUGUCACCAAGGAAAUAAGUGCCACUACUCGCAUGGUGCUGGACAGUCUGCGUACUCUGGUCAUCUGGGUCAUGAGUUUACUGCUGGGUUGGGAGGUAUUCCAUGGCCUACAGAUUUUAGGCUUCAUCAUCCUACUUGUGGGUACAGCACUAUACAAUGGACUCCACAAGCCCUUGAUGGCCAAACUGCCCUGCUUCCCUGGAGAGCAGAGAGCAGAGGAGGGAGAAGCCCCAGAGAGAGAGAGACUGCUUGGUGCAGGAAAAGCUGCAAAUGAGAGCUAAUACUGGACUUUGAACAAAAUGCUGCCCACAAAGCAUUUAAUUUUUUGUUUUAAUUGUUAUUUCCAUUUUAAGAAAUAAUCAUAUUUUAGUAUUUUUAUUUUCAGAGUUUGAUUCAACACUUGGGAACCAUCACUACUACUGCUACUACAACAGCCAUUUUUAUGGGCAUGUCUCAAAAAAAAAAGGACAGUUGUGCUUAGAUUUUAAUGGUUGAAUGCACAUUUUUACUUUAGGAAAGGGAAUCAUUUUUACAUGAUUUUAAUGCCAAAAAUCCUUAAAAUAACAUUUAAAAGUUUUUAAUCCUGUGGUUUAUAGGUUUCGAAACCGUUUGUGUUUGUUUACAUGAUGUGUUGUUGUUUGGAGGACAUUAUUUCUCUAAUCAUUUUAUUUGAGUAAUAUUUUUAGUGAUCUGUGAAACGGGUAUUGUGCACUGACAAGAAAAUCUUCUGUUAGUCCAUGUAUAUUGGUUUAUAAAAAAUAUGGAAGUAUCACUGUGUUUGCUGCCAGUAAAUAUCACAAUGUUUGAUUUUGUAAUACACAACGAACCCGAGUCUCAAAAACAGUGUAGCUUUACUAGAAGUAUUAAACUGACAUCUGUUUCAUUUCACAAAUCUGUCCUCUGCAUAAAUGUAUAAAUUCCUCUCACAUUCUUGUUUGUACAUUGUGGAUGCAUUUGUUUGUUGUUAAAGAAAACAUGAAGAUGAGAGAACUGUCUGUGUCACAUGUCUAAUUAUAUGUAACAACACUAUUAUUGAUUUCCUAACUAAAUGUUUGACCUGUACAAUGAACAUAUGUGAACAAGAUAAGGAUAAUGUUGCCCUUUUUAAUGUAAAUCUUAAUUUACAUAUGUAUACCCUUGCACAACAAAUUUUAAAACAAUGGCCAUCAAUAAUAUUUAUAAAAACUGUAACACUUUCCAAUAAAAAUCCGUUAACUAACUAGCUGA